AUUUAUAUAUAAAUAAAACUAUUUGAUGAAAACGGAUAAAAUGAAUAAUCAUAAAAGAUGACUUGCACCUGUUAGAACGUUCAAUUUAAGUCCAGUGACCAAUCAAGAACAUUAUAGAAAAAAAUGUUUAUUCAUCGAAAUAGUGAAAAAUAAAUUUUAAUAUUUAUUUUUAUAAUCAAAAUUUAUUUUUAAUAUAUUUUGUUUUUAAAUUAAAUUCUACAGAUGAGACUUUUUGUAUGGUGCGUCAAAUAAAUAAUUGUCUGACUAUUAAAUAUAUUUGUUUAAUAUGACCUUGUCAACAAUGAAAUUUACCGAGUUUUCAUCUCGAUUUUAGGUUGAUUAUUGAUAUAAUACGCAAACAAAAAUGUAUUCCUAAACAUUAAAUAUGACAAUUUGAAUGACAGUCACCGUCAGAUUAGAUCUGUCUGGAAAUAUUAACAUGCAAGUUCAAAAAAAAGAAGAACUGAAUAAUAUUACUUUUUUACUAGUCUCAUUCUAUACUCGUUAUGGUUACUUUAUUUUUUUUAUUAUUAUUGACAAUAAAAUGAAAUUUUGUGCAAUUUUAAUUUUCGCUAUUUUGUGCCAAACAGUAGUGAAAUCGACAAUAAUUCACAAUGAAAUUAAUAAUAAUAUUACAUUUAUUGAGGAUAUUAAAAAUUGGUUAAAAAUAACUCACGUGAUUAUUUUAUAUGAUGACACUAGUGAUAAUGAUUCGGAGGAAAGUGUUUUUAUUUUUGAAAUUUGUCGACAACUCAUUAUGAAACAAAUUCAAACCGUGACAUUAAAAUUUACAAAUCUACAAGAAUUAAAUGUUAUUUAUGAAAAAAGUUCUAAUCAACCAUUAAUAAUUGUUUAUUUAACAAAUAUGAAUUCGUUAAAAAAUUUUCAAAAUUUUUCCGCAAAAGUCAAUAUGAAAUGGGCAACUUGGCUUAUUAUUUUUACAAAAACAUCAAUUACCAAUAAUUGUUCAAAUCAAUUGGAAAAUAUUUUUCAUCUAUCGUUCAAUAGUAAAAUGAUUGUCAAAUGUUUUAAUGACAAUAAUCUUUAUAAAUGGUAUUCAAUCAAUGAAAAUCAAAUUGAAAUUCGUAAUUUAGCGAAUUGGAAUUUAGAAAAUCAUAUUUUUAAUAUGACAACAACUAAUAUUUUUUUUGGGAAAAAUCAUAAUAUUGGUGGUAAAAUAUUGAAAAGUGCUACAAUCGAGGAUAAAACAAAUUCAUCAAGAAACAGUUCGGAACUUUAUUUGAUAGUUCUUGCUGAACUUGGAAGAGUAAUGAAUUUUACACAUUUCACAGUAUCAAAAGAAAGUCAAUUUGGAACAUUUGAAAAUGGAGUUUGGACAGGAAUAAUGAAUAAAACAGCAUCAAAUGAAGUUGAUGUUGCAGCUGUUGGAAUGUCAAUGACAGCAAAAAGAAUGCAUCAGGUUGAUUUUACACAACCAAUUAUUGAAUCAUAUAAGGGAUUAUAUUUUAGGCAGCCAAAUGGCACUCAAAUACGAAGAUUUGGCUAUUUUCAGGCAUUCAAUUCAUAUGUUUGGGGAGUUUUAAUAUUAUUAUUAAUUACCAUUCCAUUAUUUCUCACUUCAAUAAUGAUGGGAGGAGAAAAUAAUAGAUCUUUACCACUUUUGUUUGAAGAAAAUUUUUUAGAGAUUUGGCGUAUUUAUUGCCAACAAGGAAUUUCAGAUUUUCCAAAAAGAGGCUCAUUGAGGAUUAUUUAUUUUGUUACUUUUAUGUUAUCAUUAGUAUUAUUAUCAGCUUAUUCGGCAGCUUUAAUAAGUCGCCUUGCAGUUUCUUCACCAAUUUUACCAUUUUCUUCUUUAAAACAAUUUAUUUAUCAGGAUAAAUAUAAAAUGAUAGUUAUUCAUAAAGGAGAGACAUACGAUUCUAUAAAAAAUUUUAAUGAUAAUUACGCCAAGAGAAUGAAUAAAUUAUUAAAAAAAGACAAUGAAUUGCCUCUAACUUUCACCGAAGGAUUUAAUAUGAUUUGCAAAGACAAAUAUUCAGUAUUUUUGGUCGAACAAAGUGCAGAAACAUCUAUUGAUAAUUUUAAUCUUUGCGAAUUAGUAACAAUUCCUACAAUAAGAAAAAUUUCUCUAGCUAUGUCACUACCGAAAAAUAGUCCUUAUACAGGAAUGUUUAAUUACCACAUACAGAGAUUUAAAGAAUUUGGAAUACUCAAUCGAUUAGUGCGUCAAAGAUUGAAAAGAAAAUCAGAUACUGAAUUUAGAAUUGUCGAAUCAAUAUCUUUAGGUGGUGUUGACACGGUAUUUGAAAUUGUCCUAUGUGCUUUUAUAUUGUCAAUUGUUAUAUUAAUUUUAGAAAAAAUUCACUUUAAUUAUCAUGAAAAAAAAGAAAGACAGAGGAGAAAUAAUAUGAUCGCUCUUUUCAUUCGCAAAGACAAUAGGAAUAAUUAUUUUCAAAAAAAUAUUUCAGUUGAUUAAUUAUAAUCACUAAAAAAAAAGUUGUAAUUACAUUAUUUCUAUAAUUGUAAUUAAAAAAAAAUGUUUACUUAAUUUUUUACAUGUAAAAUAAAUUUUAUGCAAU